AGGCUGUAUUUACUUGAGUUAUCUUUGAUAUAAAUAGGAGGGCUUAAAAGCUCUUUGACUAAAGAUCUCACAGAUGAUUACUGCAGACUCAUAGUACAGCUCUAAAUAGAAAGCAGCUUGUGACUGUUCACUCUGGCUUCCAAGGCUUCCGCUAGCAGCAAACAGCAGCUGCAGAUAAAAAUAGAAGCUCAUAAGCAACCAGGAUCUUUAGUUAAAUACAGAAGUCACUCUCCAUGACAGUAAGGAGCCCAGAACAAUAAUGAAGUCUCUCCGAUUCAUUAGCGCUGAAGCAUUCGUGUCAAAUGCACAGUUUGCCAGGAGGAGUCUCGGUGCUGUUGCCCAUGAUCUUUUUCCGCUUCUUUUUAAAGCCAGCUAUUUACUGGAGCAAGGGGAAGUGAUUCACGACUUGGUAGAGAACUGGCCACUUCUUGAUUUUAACAUAGGAAAACUUUUGGGAGCUAAUCUGGACUACCAGGAAGACCUGAGACAUAGAACAUGCUCAGUGUGCUUGGAAAGCUGUCUGACAGGGCUGAGAGACUAUGUGCUGAAUCAAUCUUCUCCCUACAUGAAAAAGUUGAGAGUGGUCGACCUGACAGGUAUAAAAGAUGUUGAAGUUCAAUUUUGUAAGUGCAAGAAGACAAUGGGAAGGUGGGCCAGGACACAGAUGCUCUCUAAGCUUUGUUCAGAACUGCUGGUUUACCUGCAACAAGCACAGUGCAAUCCAGGUACCUUUGAAAUCAGUAUCAAUGUGCUAAUUGACUUGUUUGUGACAGAGCGGAACUAUGAACUGGUCAUGCUGGCCCUGUUGAAGAAAUGCAGUUGUCCACUGAAAAUCUGCUGUGUGGCAUUCAGAUCUGACAACCUGACCUUGCAGAAAUUCUUCUACAUCAUAAAGCUCAUUGAUCCCUUCUUGUUGCGCAAACUGGAAAUAGUUCAUAAUGUUCACUUGGAAAUGGAACACUUGGAAAUGCUCUUCAACAGUACCCACUUCCCUCUAUUGACGUCCUUGACUUUGCCAGCACGAACAUUUAAUGUGCGGAGGUUCACAGAUGCAGAUGAAGAGAUGCUUACUAACAUUGGAGAAAAGAUGGGUGAAAUGACACAGCUCACUGAGCUGAACAUGUCAUUUUCUAUACUCACUGGAAGAAUACAGAAACUUCUCAGCCCACUAAAAACUCCACUGAAGAUGCUGGAUGUUUCUAACUGCUCCUUGAACCAUGCUGAUAUGGCCUUUUUAGCCAAUAGUUUCCAUGCUAAUCACUUGGAAGUCCUGGACCUGAGUGGUCACGAUGUAACUGAGCUUUACCCAUCAACAUUCUUUAAGCUCCUCAGCCAUUGCUCUUCAGUGCUCAGGAGUCUUACCCUGGAGGACUGUAAUAUCCAAGACACUCAUGUCAACAUGAUGAUUUUAGGUUUAAGUCCUUGUCAGAAACUACAGGAGUUUAAGUUUACUGGAAACCCACUGUCAUCCCAAACACUAAAACACCUUUUCACAUUUCUCUGUGAAUUGCCAAUGCUGAAAAAUGUGGAGUUCCCAGUUCCAAGGGAUUGCUACCCUAUUGGUAUCACCUACCCCAUUGAUGAUGCCAGUCUUUGCAGAUUUGAUCAUCAAAAAUAUGAAAGGGUAGCAGAAGAACUUAACCUCAUUUUACUCCAAGCAAAUAGAGAGGAUGUGAAGGCUUCAACACCACUCUUUGGGAGUUAUGAUGCAGCUGUGCAGGAGACAAACAAUGAACUGGGAGCUUACUUGAUCAAGUCCUUCAAAGAGACUUUAGAGAAGUUCACUACUUCAUUUAACAAAAUGAGUUAAAUUUGUAAAACUGUAAAGCAGUGAUGAGAUCAUCUGCCAAGUCAGAACUUAAAUUAGUCUUUUCUAGAAUGGCACCUUCAGUCAUUAGUUGUGAAUUUUCUUUGAUUUUUUUGGCUGAAUUUACUAGUGUUUGAAUAGCCUCUGAUCACCUGAGGUAUUGAAACUUAUGCUACAUCUAGUGUAUACACCUUACAGAAGCACAACUUGCUCACAAAAGAGGAGAGGACUUAAUAGCUCAUUAUUUUAUACAAAAUCACUUUUUUUUCCCAGUAAAUAAAAUAGGUGUUUACGCUUGGCCAAUUUUUUAUACAGGUUCCCUUAGAUUUGUCAGCUGGUCUGCUAGCCCUGCAGAAAACCAGGGAAGUCCUUUCCCAAGUCCAGCAGGAUGUUCAAAAGAUUGUGCACAUAUCCUCACAUGUGGCCCCCUAAAUUGAUUUUUUUUUUUCCUGCUCAUGACCUGGAAUCACCAAUCUGUGUUUUAUGCAGUAAAUUCCCAGUAAUGCAGGAUGUGUAACAGCCUCCAUAUCCCUGUGCCUCUUUCUUCUGCAGAGGCAAGCACAAUAACCAGAAUUUGUCUUACACAUUGCCCUUGGUGAGGAGUAAAAUUCCAUACUGAGGAGGCAGCAAACAAAUAGUUGGCUGAGAGCAGGGGAUCUCAUCCCACUUAUCCAGCAACAUUAAGCAGUCUGUGGGGACUCUGCUGAUGUUCUUGCAAUGUGUACUUUAGAAAGGCAGACCAGGACAGUGCCACACAGCCAUGCCUCUUGUCAGAUGGCCAGUGCCCCAAGAUACUCCCUUCCUGGAAUCAGCUUCUUGGCUGGUGGAAUGUACCCUGCUCCUUUCAGCUGUAUUAAAGAAGGUCUAGGACUGUGGUAAUACUGAAAAAAAAACUAGUGUUGAAAAGACUAAAAAAUAAAAUAAAAUAAAAUAAAAUAAAAUAAAAUAAAAUAAAAUAAAAUAAAAUAAAAUAAAAUAAAAUAAAAUAAAAUAAAAUAAAAUAAAAUAAAAUAAAAUAAAAUAAAAUA